AUGCAGACCUGGAGGACUUGUUGGACCCUCGGGGGCGUCUCAGCUCUGCUGCUGCCUGCAGCGUCGGCCGAAGGCCCCCCGGUCUCCAGCUUACCCAGCGGUACGCUCAACACGUUGACGACGAGCUGCAAUGGCGGCUGCAGCAGCAGCAGCGGCAGUAGCAACGGCGCCUGUGUCAUUGUCGGGCAGUCCUCGACCAGUGCCAUCAACUGCGUCAACGACACCAACUGCUUCACACUGUCGUCGGGUCAGUCGGCGCUGUGUCUCGACGCGUUCCCGUCGACCGCCUCCGAGUGGGUCUUCCACCCGACCGAAGGCAGUGCCACGGCAGGCGCGGGACCGUUUGAGCGUGUAGGGCUCUUGCAGCUGGCGGACAACGUGACCGCUGUGACGUUCAGCAACGCAGACGCGAGAACCGACCGACUGUCGGCGUCGCUCGAACUCGCGUCGAUGAACAUUCAAUCGGAGACGACGCUGGACAAAGUCACGUUCGCGAACUUGAGUCUGUCCGGACUCGACAGCGCGUUGCCGCUCAAUGGCGUCAAGAGAAUAUCGAUCAACAACUGCUCGCUGCGUGAAAUCCCCACGUCUGCAGUGGCUGGAGACGCUGUCAAUGCCAUUGACUUAUCCCACAACGGCAUCGCCAGUGUCGAUGACGACUUCCAAGAUGUGGCGUUCCCACAACUGACUUUGCUUGACCUGUCGUCAAAUGCGUUGACGCGCUUUGAUCUUGAAGAGGACAACGUUCCAGCCAUCACGACCCUACAUCUCCACAAGAACUCGCUCAGAGCUAUUCCUGAUGUCAUUUUCGAGCUACCCACGUUGCGGUUUCUGACGCUGGCUGACAAUCCCAUCAAUGCGUCAAAUCUGACAGUGCGGCAGUUCUCGUUCCUCGCGAAUUUGCACAUGUUUACAAUUGACGGCAUGACCAACACAAGCGCAUGCCCGGCCGCCGCAGUCCGAAGCGCACUGAGCAGUUCUUUUUCGUUCUGCAGAGGAAGCAGAAAUGCCGGGUCGAACACAACAGCUUCUGGACAACCCGUGAUCGAAGUAAGUGUACGCAUGGAUGGCGAUUCUUCCUCCAGCACGAAGUGGAUCAUUUUGGGUGUAUGCUUGGGUGCUGUGGUGUUACUGCUGCUUAUGGGUCUUGUUUGGUGGGGCUUUCGUCGACAAAGCGAUGGCCAUCUCAAGCAUGUGAAUAGUACCGUUCCGUCAACUGCCAUUGGUAUUGGCGAUUUGAUGGACCACCCGUAUAUGGAGCUAGGAGUUCCUCGUUCGGCAAACCUCUCCAGCUGCACGGCGUCGGACUUUGAAUUGCUCGCGUCUGUAGCUGAUGGCUACAUCGGACUCACAAGACUGUCGUAUAACGACGUCUUUCUGCACAAAAUGCUGCGUGUUAGCAGCCGUUCUGAGCUGUGGCUAGGCGAAUACGAGCACGAGGCUGUGCUUGUCAAGAAGAUCAAGAGCAAUACGGCUUCGAAGGCGUUGUUGCGGGACUUUGUAACGGAGAUCGAGCUCAUGUUUGAGCUCAAGCACCCGCGCAUUGCUGCCUUUCGAGGCGCCAUGUGGGAUGUGGAUGGUACAGAGCUCUGCGCUGUGGUCGAGUACGUUGGAAAGGGUGCUCUGCGAGAUUGCACCGUGAACGACGUUGUUGAGUUGUCUAUACCGAAGCAGCAUGCCAUUGCUCGACAGAUUGCCGAGGCGAUGGUGUUCUUGCACUCACGGAAUAUCGUGCACGGUCGAUUGAACGCAUUCAACAUUUUGCUGGACAAAGAAUAUUCUGCCAAGCUGAGCAUUUUCAGCAUUUUUCACUACGUCAAGCUAUCGCCUUUGGACAACGAAUGCCGAGUCUUUGUGGCGCCCGAGGUCUUGCGUGGUGAGCAGCCAACAGAGAGAUCAGAUGUCUACGCGUUUGGCGUGGUGCUCGUGGAAAUUGACACUGGCGAGACGCCUGUGAUGAAUGCUCGAAGACUGUCGUUGGAGAGAGGAGGAACCGAAGACUACCUCUCUCCAACUGCAAAGAGGACUGGAUUCCGCUUGAGUCGUCUCUGCUCGGGAAUAAUGAAGGACACGAUUGCUGCAUGCUUGGAAAAAGAUCCGGACCGACGACCGUCGAUGGCUGACGUGGCGUUGGCUUUCCGGAAUGGUGCAAAGAAGCUGUAA